UUGAUAGCAAGUUAGCGAUUAAAACGCUGCCUAUAUAUAACCGUCCGAGAUUAAGAACUAAUAACUGUGCAAAUUUUCAUGCGAUUUGUCAACAAUGUUGUGAACAAAACCAUUCCUGUAGUGAUUCUGAGGACAAAAACAGAACUAUGGACACCGUAAAGACAUUCACAUUUAACAUAUAUACAUUCUGAUUUUUUAAUAUAAAUUUAAUUUACCUAAUUUUGGUUGAGUUUUUUUUUUGUAAAAAAAAUUAAAUUAAUGCAAAAGUUAAAAGAUUUUAGUCCAAAGACUAAAAAGACCUCAUAAUCUCAUUUUUUGAAAAACUCAACAUACGGUGGUUUUCCGAUGGACGACGGCAGUAUUGUAGUGAAUGCAAAUAAGGUUGCCAAGACAACCACAUGCAGAAAAUUGAUUUUUAUGUGUUUUCAAAUACAGUUUUAAUGUACACAAAGUGUAUUAGCAGUUCUAUAUUACAAUUUACGUAACUGUUGCCAAAAUUUUCCGUAUUUUCUUUAUAUAAUUUACCAUGCAACCCACUUCGGAUAAACGUUUUUUAAUAAUGAUAUUUUUUGAAAUUUUCCGCGUAUGUAGUUGUAAGUAUGUGGAGGGAAGACUAAAAACGAACGAGAAUUGGGCAUUUUUAGCAAGAUUCUGUUUCUUAUCGGACGAGGGCGAAUUCAGUUACAUAAUCGAUUACAACGAUAACCAGGGAGACAUAAAUUUACUCCUAUAUUAUGACACUGAUGAUCAGUGGCCUUCUGUAUAUAAAUCCAGUAAGACUUGCGAACAGAGAGAAUCGGUACUAAACAUCCAGCAGAACCAAAUCGUCAAUUUAACAGCACGAGACUCUAAAUUAAGCGAGUUUUCUGGAUGCCACUAUAGACCGCAGAUUCCUGUUAUAACCACUACGUCUGCGCCCCUUUACACCAUAAAAUUUCCUACUAGGACAACAACUAAUAAAAAAGUAGUUACAAUAAGAACGACAUUAUCUACCACCUCUACAUCAACUACAGUGGACUUCUUUGAUGCAUCUACAACUGAAGGGACCACAAUAAUUGAGACUUUUGAAAGUACUACUGAACUUGAAAUUACCAGUGGUACCACUGUUGAUGACUUGGUUUCAACUACAUCCCAGUUUCCUGCUGAAUCUGAAACCACUGAGACUACCUUGAUACCUGAAGAGGCCAUCAACUACCAAAAAUCUCCAAUAAAAAAGCGAUCGGUACCACUAAUAAACGAUCCAAAGCAACCAAACCACUUAAGCAGGAGGGGCCGAUACGUUAACUGUCACAAUUCGAGAAGAUUUAGAAGCUCUAGGGAAAGAUGGUGGUUUAUAGCAGUCAGUAAUUGUCAUGGAAAGGGUAUCGACUUGAACUAUCAACUUCUAAUGACCAAUGGGGCCCCCGGGGACUAUUGGCAUGAACAUUUUUCGGCAGACGAGUUUUACGUUUUGCCUAUUCUGAUGACCUUUUCGAUAGCAUACUCCUUUUUGAUGCUCGGCAUUACUGUCUGCUCACUGGAAUUGAAACAACGCCAAUUACUGCAUACUACAUAUAAAAUCUAUGUGGUGUCUUGUGUUGUACAAUUGCUGGGAAUUAUUUUAAUGAGUAUAGUUUAUUUGAAGAUGGCGGUCAGUGGAAGGACUUCAGCCCCAUUAAAACGAUUUGCUAAUAUGCUAAUGGGAGCGUCCGAAACUUGUUUUCUGCUACUGCUGCUACUUUUGGCAAAAGGGUUUACCAUAACCAGAGGGAGGCUGCCUCUAAAGGGAUCUGUUAAACUGACAAUUUUCAUGUGCCUUUAUGUUACCACAUAUUUAACGAUAUUUGUUUAUGAAGCUUUGGUGUUUGACCCAGGAGAAGUCCUUUAUCUCUACGAAUCACCCGCGGGUUACGGAUUAAUAAUCUUAAGACUUUGUGCCUGGUUUAUGUUCAUUUACUCAACAGUUUUCACAUUAAAAAAGUAUCCGGAAAAGUCCAACUUUUAUUACCCUUUUAACUUGUUUGGAACGCUUUGGUUUGUGGCUGGCCCAGCCUUUAUUAUAUCAGCCAACACUUACAUUGAUAAGUGGGUAAGGGAGUCUGUGGUGUAUGCUGUGCUGCUGUUUAUAGCAUUUGGUGGGCACCUCAUGUUUCUGGUGCUUACCAUGCCAAGUGUGGCCAAUAAAAAUUUUCCGUACCACGUGCGGACAACCCAGAUUGGGAUAAUGGAAGUGGCUGGCACUGUGGAACAUUUUGGCCAUCAUGUAUACGAGCCGAGCAUGACCAUAAGAGAACACACGGUGAUAAUACCAUUGACGAGGAGAACUGAAGAAAUAUUCGAAGGUAUGUAUAACCAAAAAAGGUUCUCGGAACCCCAAAUAACCGAACUACCAGACGAAAAUCCACGAGAUCUCGCUAUGGAAAACGUGUUUAAAUGGUCUACAGCGAAAAAUAUCCCCGCCCUUGAUUUUCCCGAGUUCGACCGGGCCAAGUGUAUAAGAGACAGCAUAGGUUCGGCAACAUCGAAAUUAACGGAGACCAGCGCUAGUUUCCACAAUGGCGUCGAUACCCGUCGGCCAUCUUUAACGAACCAGUUGACAGUUGAAAAUCAAAAUGGCGCCGCCAACUAUGAUGAUUUGGUCGGUCACGUGCCCAUUGAAUUGUUUACCGUUUCUAAAAUGGUGGAUAAGGGCAAAGGGUCUUUGGCGUUAAAUAAGAAUGUAGAAUAAGGGAGGAGUGUU